AUGUGUGUGUGUGCAUGCGCGUGCAAAUGUUGUUUUUUUUGUUGUUGUUCUGUAGGCCUUUAUCUAGUGGUUGACCAUAUUUGCUACCAGUUUAUUCCAGUGUUCAUUAUUUAAUUGAAUUGUAUUAAACUGAAAAAAAAUGGAGUUUUGGCACCUCCUGGUUUUAUCAGCUCUCUUUAUAGAGUCCAGAGCAGCAAAGCGGGGUAAACCUUAUAAUGCAAUGGAAAAUGAGGCUUUAAUUGUACUCUGUCCAAGAACAAAAAAACCUGGAUCCCAAGUUUACUGGACUCAUUUCAAAUCGAAAAAAAACAUUACUACCAACAAAGAAAAUCGGAUAUAUUCCUCAGGGGUCCAACUCAAAUUUCUACCAACUUCAUUGAAUGACUCUGGAAUAUAUAAUUGCACUAUAAAGAGCCCCAAAGUCUCUUUUGGUGGAUAUGUUAAUAUUACAAUCUAUCCCAAACCGCAUGAUUGUGCUAUCCCACGAGACCUUUUAUACAUGCCAGAAAAAGGAACAUAUAUAAAGUCAAUAAUUCAUUGUCCUACAAUUGAACGUUAUGAUGAAAUAGUUCGUGUGGACUGGUUUAAAAAUUGUAAAGCCCUCAAAGGAGAAGGUUACUAUGCAAAUAAAGAUUACCUGAUAAUUAAAAAUCCAACUGCUGCUGACGCAGGCAUUUAUACAUGUAAAUUCAUUUACAGUGAAAAUGGAAUCAAUUAUAAUGUGACUGCAUCUAAGCCAUUUAUAUUUCAAGGUGAAAGUAAUUAUUCUAUGCUUCCAGAAAUUACUUAUCCUGUGAAUCAUGAUGUAAUAGAAGUAGAGCUUGGAACCAAUGUGAGUUUGGUGUGUAGAGUUUGUUUGGGAAAAGGCAUGCAAAUAAUAGAGCAAGUUGCAUGGUGUAUUAAAAAGAAGAACAUUAUUAACUGCAUCAAAAAUCCCCGAUUUCGUGAGGAAAAUGAAGCAUCAAAGUCUAAUGAAAACUUGAAUUGUAAAACUGUCACUUUAAGAAUAGCUAAUGUGAAGAGAGAAGAUCUUUCCUUGGAAUUUUAUUGUUGGGCUUUGAAUGAACAUGGAUUCAAAGAACACAGCAUAAGAAUCAGAAUGAAAAAGACAACUGGUCAACGAAGCACCUACUACAUGCUUGCAGGAUUUAGUACUUUGUUAAUCCUAAUUAUUACAUUAACAGUAAUAUUAAAAAUAUUCUGGAUUGAUUUUAUACUGCUGUGGCGAGAGGUAGCUAGACCUUAUAAAUCCAGGGAUGAUGGAAAGCUAUAUGAUGCUUAUGUCAUCUAUCCCAGAAACUACCAAAAAAGGACUGAGAUUGUUAAUUCCAUGGAAUAUUUUGUUCACCAGAUUCUGCCUGAAGUUCUUGAAAAUAAAUGUGGAUAUAGCUUAUGUAUCUAUGGAAGAGACCUUCUGCCUGGAGAAGAUGCAGCUAGUGAAAUGGUAAAAUGUAUACAGAAGAGUCGCAGGCAAAUUAUUAUAUUAAAUCCCCAGGUGGAGCAUGGUGAGGAAUUUGCCUAUGAGCAAGAGAUUGCUUUACACUGUGCUCUGAUGCAGAAUGACUCCAAGGUGAUUCUUAUUGAAAUGGAGACAACUGGUGAGACCAAAGACCUGCAGGAUUCUCUCAAGCACAUUAUUAAACAGCAAGGUACCAUUCAAUGGAGGGGAGACCAUGUAACCAACAAACAGUCAUUUAAUUCCCACUUCUGGAAGCAUCUACGGUACCGGAUGCCAGCAAGAAGCAAAUCUUUAGAUCCACUUCACCGUGGCAUAUGAAGACCAGGACAGUAAUUGUUGGCUUUUCCAAGCUCCUGUUGACUAGAAAAAGUUUGCUUUGGCAUCUAAUGUGAAUUUAGAUUUUUUUUUUAAUUUUUAGGGAAAGUUGAUAUUUGAUUUAGAGAAUGGGGAUGAUAAAAAAGAGUAAGUAAAGAUAUUAAAACAAUAAAUACGAACUCUUCCUCUGAUA